AGCGACUUCGGCUCGCGAGUGGUCGCUUAGAGACGAAGGUUUUGGGCAGAAACUCGGCCGAGCUGCGUUGCCCCAUGAGCGGCUACUACCAGCCUGCGUUCCCACAGCUCUACGGCCAGUCCCAGGGCAGCUACCCGCAGUCGCAAGCUCCUCAGCAAUCCUAUCCGGCGCGCUCCGCUGAUCCGCGAUACCCGCAGGGUUACGCAGCGGCUGCGCAAACCCAAGCCGCCCCACAGGCGGCGCAGGCGCCGGCGGCACAGGCCUAUGCAGGCUACCAGCCCGCGCAAGGGCAAGCGCAAGCCCAACCAGCCGCUAGGGAGGAGGUGGUCGGCAACGUGGCCCACAUCUCGGUGACGGGAUGUACCCAUUCCACGGUGGGCGGCAUCGUGAGGGGGAGCUUCACGGCGAGCGGCCAGAACCACGGAAGGCCCACCUACAAGAAGGACACUCAGGUGAACGGCCUGGACGUGCAGCUCUACUACUGGGACGACCGGGACGGCGCCAGCUUCUGCGGGUGGUGGUUCGGACCCAAAGUGGGGGGGGACCAGGUCUGGGCCUACCACCCCAGCAGCACCGCCAUGACGCCUCCCAAGGGUGGGUGGAAGGUGCCCUACGACGGCCCCGUGGACCACAGUUUUGCCAUCAGCGCCGCGCAGCCCCCUGCGGCGCAGGCGGCCACGGCGCCGGGGGCGGCGGCCGGGGCGACGGCGGCGACGGCGGCGCAGUAUGCGGUGUACCAGCAGCAGCUGCAGCAGUACCAGCAGCAACAGCAGGCAUACCAACAGCAGCAGGACCAGCAGACGCAGAUGCAGCAGCAGAUGAUCGCGCAGCAGCAGAAGGCGCUGCAAAUGGCUGAGAUGCAGAAAAAGCAGGAGGAGAUGAAACGAAGACAGGAGGAAAUGCGACGACAGCAGGAAGAGGCGAGACAGAGGCAGCAGGAAGAGGUGAAGCGGAAGGCUGCUGAGCAUCGAGUAAAGAUGGAGGAGAUGAAUAGGCAGAAAAUGGAGCAGGAGAAGAGGAUGGCUGAAGAAAGGAAAAAGCAAUAUGAGGAGCAAAGGGCCACGAUCAGGAUAAGGACCUGCAUGCAGAAGGUGCGAAUGUCCAAGGAGGAGGACCUGGCGACCAACCAGCAGGAGCUGGCGGAGCUCAUGCAGGUGGAGCUGCCCAACUGCGGCUCCAACGCCGUGAAGGUGCAAGAGGAAUGCGCCCAAGCAGUUGAACAAGCUUUGAAGCGCAUCGAGGCUCAGAAAGAAGUCAAGCGGCGUGAGGAGGAGCGCAAGGAGGAGGCCCUGCGGAAGCAGCGGGAGCUUCAGGAGAAGGCCGCGGCGCUUCUCAAGGAGUGCAGCUCAAAGGUGGCUGCCGCCGAAGAGUUGGUGGAGGCGGUGGUGGCGGCGGCGGCGCACCUGGCGCCGGAGAAGGAGCUGAAGCUGGAGGCAGUCCAGAAGGCGGCGAGCGCAUUGGAAGCCAAAGCAGAAGCUGCCACUGCUGCCCUCGCCGAAUGCGGUCAGUUCUCCAAGGAGAAGAGUGGAGAGAUGCGGAUGCAUGUGAAGCCGAAGGAUGCGGAGGAUGAUACACCGACUCUGGCGCAGGUUUUGCAGCGCAUCAACGAGGCGCAGAAGAAGAAGGACACGGCCGUCCGAGAGGCCGGCGUGAACAAGGACAAGCUGACGAGGAAGGCGGAGGCCAAGAAGAAGUUGGACGCGCAGCUCUUGAAGUUCAAGAAGUACGAUGCCAACAAGGAUGAGCUGCUUGACAAGAAGGAGGUCAUAGCCUAUGCCAAGAAGGAGUUCAGCCUUACCUUGAAUGACGCGCGGGCGAGCAAGAUCCUGAGCGCGUUGGCGGACGGCAAAGGCGUGAAGAAGGACGACUUUCAGCGGCUCAAGGUGCAGAUCGGCAUCGUGCGGGAGGCGCAGAAGGACCUCGCCCGAAGAAAGCUGCGGGAGGAGCACGACAAAGAGAUCGAGAAGACCAAGGAGGGGCUCAAAGAGAAGGUGGUCGAGGCGGAUGAGAAGUACUCGCAAGUGGAGGGGAAGGUGAAGGAGGUGGAGGAAGCUGGAAAGCCGCUCAUCACCGAGAAGAUGAAGUCCACGGAGAUGCAGCCGCUCCUCGAGCAGCUCGAGGAGAAGGCCCAGGAGCUCAAGGCGGCCAUCGCGGGCUUCAAAGCGGAGCUCCAGGAGCUGAAGAGCAGCGUGGAUCAGGAGGUGUCCCUCUGGUUCCAGGGCCACUGCAAGCCUCUGGACAGCAAGACAGCGGCCUUGGAGCCGCGAAUGCAGAGAUGGACUACCUUGCUGACGCGUAGCCGCGCGGAGAUGAAAAACAGGGCCACCGCCGAGCUGAAUGUCCUAGAGACGCAGAUGGUGGCGAUGAUUCGGCAGCACCAGAAAGCGAAGGGCCUGUCUGCGGACGACCUCUACGCUGCGAUGUCGACGUCGGAGGAGGUUUCGAAGAAAGACUUUCUCAAGUUCUUUCAGAGCUGUGAGGUUGGCGAGGCGGAGCGGCCGCCUGCCGAGGAGCUGACUCGUCUGUUCACCUUCUUAGCUGGUGGCGACUCGAGCCUCCCGAAGGAGCGAAUGAUGGGGAUCAUUCGGAGCUACAAGAAGGUCCUGAAGGACACCAUCCUGACGAAGGAGAGGGGUGUGAACAGCGGGGCAGUGCGCAAACUGGCGGUUGGUGAGAUUCUAGAAAUCACCGGCCAAGAGAGCGCAGAUGAGGAGGUGGAUGUGGUGCGGGUGCAGUGCAGAACGCUGAAGGACGAUGAGGAGGGCUGGGUCACUGUGUCAGGCAACCACGGCACACCCUUCCUGGCGGAGUACAAGGGUGUCUACAAGGUGGUCAAGGCUGAUGAAGUGCUGCCAUCCACCCGGAUCACGGCCACUCAGAGCCCCUCCGCAAGAGGAGACCAUCAUCACCCCCUACUUCGAGUUGGACUCCGCGGAACAGAGAGAAGCUACCAAGCAGCUGAAAGAGCCCGUAGACCGCAAGCUGCGGCCCGGGGAGUUGGUGGAUGUCUGGGUCUGGCCCAAGAAGGAGGAGAAGUCCGGGCUGGUCCGCCUGAAGUGCAAGUGCCGGUCCGACGGCACGGUGGGCUGGGUGACGGCCGUGGGCAACGCGGGCACCGUCUUCCUUGAGGUGGUGUGACCGGCGGUCGGCUUGCUGCCGUGAGCCUACCGGCUGAGCUUCGUGUCACUCCAUGCCCGGCACGCUCGGACAUGCCCUGUCUAGCUGAGCUGUCCACUGGAAAGAGGUGAACUUCCAUUUGGGUAUGGGU